CUAGGGUGGGUGGCCGAAGCCAAGGCCGGGAGUUGGGCAGCCUCCCGACGGGAGACUAUGGCGAUCGGUGAGCUGUCGCCUGGCUCCAUCGCCACCAAUCUGAGCGUUCCGGUCGGAACUGCCGGCCGUCCGCGCGGCUGCGAGAAUGGCGCCCUGAUGGGUAACUUCGGCAUGUUCAUCCAGGGCUUACUCGGAGUGGUGGCCUUCAGCCUCUUGAUGUUGAAACGUUUUCGAGAGCCAAAGUACGAGAGGCGUCCGUGGAAGAUAUGGUUUUUGGAUACCUCAAAGCAAGCAAUUGGCAUGCUGUUCAUCCACUUUGCCAAUGUUUACUUGUCAGACCUGACUGAAGAGGACCCAUGUUCACUGUAUCUGAUAAAUUUCCUUCUGGAUGCCACACUUGGUAUGCUCCUGAUCUAUGCUGGAGUGCGAACAGUAGGUGCCCUAGUUGAAUGGCAACGUUGGGAUUCUCUUCGUUUUGGAGAGUAUGGAGAUCCACUGGAAUGCAGUGCUUGGGUCGGACAGUGUGCACUUUACCUAUUGAUUAUGAUGUUGGAGAAGACCGUGGUGAUUAUUGUGCUGCUUUUACCUCAGUGGAAGAAGGUGGCUCUACUCAAUCCAAUCCAGAACCCACAGCUGGAACUGGCAAUUGUGAUGCUGAUCGUCCCUUUUUUUGUCAACGCAUUAAUGUUUUGGGUGGUGGAUAAUUUUUUAAUGAGGAAAGGGAAAACUAAAGCUAAACUGGAAGGAGAAGGUGGAGAGGACGAAUCUCGAAGCAGCAGCAAAGUCCGAUACAGAAGAGCGGCGUCACAUGAGGAGUCCGAGUCUGAGAUUCUCAUUUCAGCCGACGAUGAGUUGGAUGAAUCUGAAGCUGACGAAGAAUUUAGGAGACUGACAAACAUAAAGCCUAUUAAAAAGAAAUUACGAUUCGGAGGCCUCCCUGUAUGACCCAGAAUGAGCCCGGUGCUUUGUAUCUCAGAGUUAUGAGGAGAGUCACACUAUCACAAGGGAUCUUUUCCUGUCGUUUUCUACACUGUGAAAAUGGGCUGCACAUCGUGUGUAGAGCAGCACGGGGACCUGAAUGAUGAUUCGGCUGAGGUCGAGCUGCUCCUGCUCGUGACCUCAGCUCUCCACUUUGCCCUGAUUCCAAGCAUUGGUGAUCAAAGUCAGACUGAAAAUGUACUGGACCAUUGGGUGUAGGAGAACAAUUUUCUUUCAGCACAUCAUAUUUUAGUUCUUUGUUUUAAGUUAUUAAAUCUGUAUCUUUAACAUAUUGAGCAAGACUCUAAAUUUUCAUCUCUCAAAGACGAUAGUAUCUGUAUAUAUAUGGCACAAUGUGCUUAUAAAAUGGAAUUCUGUCAAGAGAAAAAUUUGGCAAUUACCAAAUCAAAAAUGCUGGAACAAAUAUUUGUAGUAGAAGAGCAUGAAUAUGGUAAAUGAAUUAUACAUUCACUGUUGCUGUCUUCUGAACGUCCUGUAUUCUCCAUCCAUUCUCUCAGCCUACCCCCCCCAACUUCUUCAUCCUCCUCCAAUCACCCACUUUUCCAUCCCUCCUCCACAACUCCGUACCCCAAUCACUAUUCCCCUUCUAUACUAGACCACUUUAUUACAGGAUGAGAAUUUUUGCUACAUUUAUGAAGUGUUUUGUAUUUUUGGAUGGGUAUGAGGCUAGUAGUGACAUUGGUUUUUGUCAGUUGAAUUAAGUGGCAUUUUGCCGCAUAAUUAUCAAUGGACUGCAAAGAUCACCAAAAGCAUUAAAGGGCAAUUACACAUUAAUGUCUGACAUAGUCAAUAUCCCGUAGAUAUUUGUAAAGGUAUUCCCAGUCUAAUCCAUGCCAGUUUUGGCAGAACAACUUAAUUGAUUAGUGACAGUUUAUCAAAUCUUCUUGUUCAAUAUUAAGAUCUGAAUGUAUAAUUGUUAUUUUAAAAAAAAACCUUAACAGAAACAUCCCUAUCAAUAUUUUGUGUAAGUAGGCAUGGAAGGGUACAAGCAGUGCGGCACUUUUUGAAACAGGGUGUUUUACUAUAUCUGUCCUGGAUGGGUUUUCUGGGUUUGUGUACUGAAGACAGUGUUCUAUAUCUGAUCUGUACUGGGUUAUUGUACUGAAGUCAGUGCUCUGUAUCUGAUAUAUACUGGGUUAGUGUACUGAAGACUAUGCUCUAUGUCUGAUUGGGACUAGGUUAGUGUACUGAAAACAGUGCUGUGUAUCUGAUUGGUUCCCUGCACCGCCCCCCCCCCACCCUGACUUUGGAAUGUUUAAUGUUGUUGCUGGGCACCUGAGUUGAUGUUCCAGUUCUAACAGGGAUGUCACUCAAAUUAAGAAUAUUAACUUAAUUGUACAUAGAAAUCACAAGAUAAAUUUCAAAAAACUGUUAGCUCUGUUGAAGGAUAAUGGGAUUUAUGAGUGGUUUAAAAGAUUCCUUCAUAGUUUAUUGAAAAUGGGAUUCAGUUCCAGUGACACACCAGUGACGUACAUUGUGAUUCCUUCACGGUGAAACUAUUACCAAGUCCUUAUCCUUCACUGAUUGAUCCACCCCUCUCCUCAGCUAACCAGGAUACACCCAUUGUCUUUUCCUGCAACCAGCUUGAAAUCUUUAACCUUAAUGAUCUAAAAGCUAUUUUUUAAAUUUAAAAUUAACCUUUCACUUGGAUUUCAGAAAUUGGAUGACAAUGAAUUUAGAGAAUGAUUUGGCUAUUUGUAUUAUGGUUAAAACUAAAGCUUGUAUCAAAGGCGUGGCAACAAGUUCAAGAUGGUGGAGAGGGGGAUUCUGAGAGUAAAGUGUAACGGUGGGUAGAGAACCCUGGUUCUGCAGUAAUGACGGAAAUGCAGGAGAGAUGGUCAAGGACAGCGAAGGAGAUGCAUUGUUGGAGGGAGAAAGCUGGAUGUGAGAGGAAGAAAAGGCACACUGGUGCUGCUGAACAGGUAAGGAAAAAGCUGAGGGUGUCGGAUGCUCUGUGGAGUAGUGGUGAUUUGGGAGGAUGUUGGCAGUGGCAAUGCCUAGGAUGACUGACAAGAAUUUGAUAGGAGGCUGACGCUUUCUUUGAUCCAUAUCAAGGUGAUUCAUCAAAGUUGCUGGUGAACGCAGCAGGCCAGGCAGCAUC